AUGCUGACGCGCAUGCGGUCGACGCCGAAUCUUCCAACGGUGCAGUUACUGAACAGUUCUAGCAGUUUGAGCCAAAUUUUUUCCGGAGCAUCUUCUUCAUCCCCACGGUUUGUUUUGGAAAAUAGAAACAGCAUGACAUCAAGUGCUUCUGCUACAACCUCGGAACAACUGAAAAGAUACUUUCUCUUCACCGUGACGACCGACGGCUGCGUGCGGGUUUGGGACUUUGAGCAGCUGUUGAGUUCGAACUUCUCCAAGUUGAACGGGAAUCGAAAGCAGCUGAGGCACUACGUCUUGAACGAUAUCAAUGCCAACGCAAAAGAUAGCGCAGUGUACGCGAAGCUGGCUUUCGGAUCGAACGGAGGUUUUGAAACUUCGCGUAACUACGAGCAGUUACCGGCGAAAAGGGAACAGGGAGCAGAACACAAGGCAAGCACUGCUGCGCAGGCCAAAGUUCUGAGCAACACCAGCAGUGUCAAGCCAGACGAGGGUCGUGCUCCGACCGCGCCGCAAGAUCCCGUAGUUCCGCCAGCUCGUUCUCCGGUGAUUCUUGGGGACGCUUCCUUCCUGUCCCCCCGUGGAUUUAGCCAGAAUUUUGCAGGAUUUGCUAACGGAUUUCUGAGCCCACGCGUGAUAGCGCAACCGGGGAACAACUAUCUUCAGGCUCCGCAGGAAGACGUCGACCACGCGCCGCAAAAUAUCGAAAAAACUGCAGGUCCCGUGGUCGACGCAGCACUAUCUUCUCCAAGAAAAACCAAUCUGACCGGAGUACUGAACCACCAGUCAACCCCCGCCAUGCUCUUUUACGAUGAGGCAGAUCGGGAGCAUCCGGAGCAGGUAGUAAAGAGAGUGCGGGAAAAUCUAAACACCAACCUCAAAUUAUCAACGACUCCGAAAACAACCGGAAAAUCGAACAAGGAAGCGCUUGUUGCUUCACCGAUGUUGCCGAAACAAGCGAAAGCUACGACUAUGAAAGCAGCAACCGCUAGUACACCUCCCCAGUCCACCACCGCAGCAGCGGCAAGCAAAGCGAAAUCAGUGCGACAGGAAGCCGAGAAGACCCGGACGGUCAAUUCAAAGGCGUUAAGGGCGAACGUACCGAAACCGCAAUCGGAUGGAAAAUUGUCCGACUACGUUGACGGGACGGUGAUUACACCCCGGUCAGCCGCAGCUGCCGCGGUGAAGAGAGCCAUGGGGGGAGGGAAUAUUAAAUCGUCCCCGUUGAGUGGGUUGAAGAAAAAGAUCGGCGGGUUGACGCCCGGUGCUGGAGGGUCAGCGAGAAAGAAGAAAGCAGGUGGAGGAGCUGGUGUGGUGGAUCCUCCGACGUUGCCGGACAGCAGGAGCAGCCGGGUGACGACGCAAGACGAGACAGCAGCAGCAGCUUCAGAAGAGAUUCUUCCUGAUGACGAGGCAGUGUUUUACCGUCCAACCUCUUUCCUCGUUGACCAAAAAGGCCCCCUCGUAGGGCCGGGCUCGGCCCAAGCGAGCUCGAGAGAGGGAACCGGGACGUCGGCACGUUCGGGCAUAGUGGCCGGUGUAGCGAACCCCAUCGCAGCUGGAACGCCUCUUUUGAACACGGGAAGAUCUUCGCUCUUGCUGACGCCGCAUUCCAGCGCGCGGAACCCCCAGCAGCCCGUGACAUUGCCGCAGUCGCAAGAACAACAACCGCAAUUUCAGGUGACGAGACAGCAGUCGGCAAUAUUGCUGAACACGUCAGGAGCACAGCCGCUUACUCCAAGCGGUCCUCGAGCUGCUCCUCUUCUCCUUUCAGGAAAUAACAAGCCGACAUUGAUGACCUUGACACCAGGCCGGCGCACGGGCUUGAGCAACCAGAGCUCCGCCCGGCUGCUUACUGGACAGUCUCCAAACCCUGUGGGACCAGGUGCUCUUCCGCAGUCGUCAACUUUAGUACCCGCUGGGCAGCAGCAGCAGCAGCAGCAGCUACAGCAACUAGGGGAACAAGCAGCCACUCCUGGCCCGACUUUCUUAUCCAGCAGAUCUUCGAUGCAGGUUCAGGUCCUGCCGCCGCAGCCGAAACAACCACUCUCGCCGCGGGACAUGAAAGAGAUGAAAAAAGGUUCCACACUUGAUACAAAUGGUAUGAAAAAGGACAACAACAUUAACACGACUGCCAGUAAGCCGGAGCUGCUUCUCAACAGCACCGAAAGCCAGCAUUUUGGUAUGAUGGCGAUGACCGCACCGCAUCCCCAUUUGCACGCGGACUUUCACGACCACAUCGGGUUGAAUGUCUCUAAAGGUUUGACGGAAAAGCACGAAGACUUCGCGCACUUACACUGGAUUGAGCCGAAGCCCGGGCACUUGCACCCGCCAGCAGGAAUACCCGGAUUCACGUCGCCACAGAUCGUCCAUUAUUCCAGUGAAAAAUGCUCCCGCCCUCAAAGUUGCAAAAAUUUGUGAUGCGAAGUUUCGAAAUGAGCACUUUUUGCCAUGCAUGAAAGGAGUAUGAAUCUUUCUGAUGGAGAUUCUCGGCGCGUAUCGCAUCGCUUGCAUGACAAGCGCCACUCUUGCUGGGGUCUUUUGCAAUACAAAUUUUUGCUAUAAUUCACGAUUGGAAACCUGUGAUGCUGAUAGAUGCAAGAGGGCAAAUGUUUCACUUGGAAAGGUUUGCAAUACAAAUGCGUCCAAGUUCGGGGGUGGGGGCAUUUUUCAUUGUAAUAUCCAUCGCCAGUUCACAAGUCCGGCCGCGGUCGGGACGGGAGGUGCUUCUGCGACGAGUCAGUUGAAAACGACCCCGUCCGGCGGUUUCUUGAAUAACCUCGGGUUUGGCAACACCACCCUGGAUCCGGCCGAGAUCGCGAGUCUGGGACCCUUACCGCCUCCCGCGGCGCUGGAUCUGCUGGAGAUUGUGAACAAAAGGCCGGCGACGGUGGAGGAAGUGAGAAAACGGUCCCCGAGUCCGCCCCCGGUGCGGAACAGCCCCCUGGCGGUGUGGCGGGAGACGGGGAAACCGAGGCCGAUCCCCUUUCUAGCGAGUACCAGAGAACAGCAGGCUGUGCUUGCGGCAGGAGGAGAUCCUCGUACUUCUAGUCCGCAGCACAGUCCGACCACGAUGACCCGGCUGAACAAAUUCCAGAUUUUGGACCCCGUCGCGCAGGUGUUUGAGCAAAACGUCGCGAAUUUACUUUCCAAAACAAAUCAGGAACUAGAGUUGGGAAUGAACACGUGGCGCGGGGGCUUAGAUCGCCCGAAGAACAUCCUCAAGCCGCAUUUCGCGAGUCCGAGGUUCCCGCCGAGGAGGGGCGGGACGGCAGCGGGGGGGCAGCAGCAGCAGGAGACGGCUCAAGAACAAAUUCAUCCCAGUUCCUACAAUAGAACAAUGGAGGAAGAAGAGAGGCCGAGACAGCAGCUGCCCAUGCCUGCUUCCUCCACCUCCGCUGCGGCGUCUCCCGAGCGAAAUCUGAAAGCUCUGGGCUUGGGCGACGACGGCAGGGCAGCUACUUCCAGCCAAUCUCCCACGACCCAGAUCCGGCCCUCCGCGCUCUUAGAACAGCAGUACUUGCACCUGGAAAAUAUGUCGAACCGAACGCAGAAUCUCGCUGCGGAAUUGCUGAAUCGGCGAAGAUCGAGGGAGGAGGACUUGGUCCAAAAGCGCCAGAGCCUCCGCAUGGUCGCGCAGCUGAAGAUGAAAGCGAGUCAGGCAGUGCGACGGGUUUCGGCGAACAGUACAACUUCUGUGCAAGAAGGUGGAAUUUCGAAGACCGCGAGCAGCAAAUCGAAAUCGCCCCCACCUGGUUCAGCGGCAAGAAGACACGAGUUUGACAAAAUGCACAAAAAAAGGACCUCCAGACCCGAGAUUGCAGAGACGAGAAUGACGGUGAAUAACGGCGCGACAGACCCGUCGAAGCAGGAUGAUCUCCCUUUGUUCGUCGACCAGGUAGAUAAACUUCCGGGUGGUCGUGAAUCCUCCUCCUCUUCCUCCGUCUCCUCCGGCUCGCUAUACAACUCCGGCACCAGCACGCCACGGUCGGCUGUGGUGCGGACUGCUGCGAACAUCAACAUCAUCAGCCCUGAAGGUGGAAUAGUAAGAGGCACUAGCCCAGCUGCAGCCGGAGCUGCCGGCGACCCUCUCUCGGCAGUGGCGAGUACAACAACGCAGCAAGAAAGUAGUUCUUCCCCAAAGCGCGGCACAGUGUUUGAUUCCGCGAACAAUUUACUGACUGCGGUCGAUCAGCAUUUUAGCAAAACUUUACUGCAAGUUUCUUCCGACAGACGCAUUGCUCCCCGGGUGCAAGAGCAAGUGAGCGGCGGGACGAGUGGGAGAAACACCCCGAGAACUGAAGCUGGCCCAGGAGUUGCUGGUGUACACCAUCAACAAGAAAACAAGGAGCCGAUUGUGGUCUUCGCUUCGAGUUUGCUCCGCCGGGCCAGCGAGAGGGGCGAACAUGAGAUUGACAAUUUGGUCUUGCCGCCCGCGAUGAGCAGAGCCAGCUCGUUUAACAGUGAGAGAGGGGCAGGUGUUGAGCAAGCGUCGUCAAAGAAGAGCAUCAAUGAGGCACUUGCGAACAAAAUCAAGAUUGCGGAGGAGCUCCAGCAGAAGCUCGGCAAGGAAACGAAAAGCAAGGAAAGACUGCUGCAGGGGUUGGAUGCGGUACGGGAUAUCCUGAUCGAAAGCGUCAAAGACCACAUGGAAGAUAUCAAAAGGAGCGGCAGCCCGCGAACCGAAACGCAGGAGCAGCAGCGGGCCGAAUUUCUCCUGGCUGCGGAGAAGCUAUCCAACGGGACCAAGAUGAACAACAAUAAAAGCAAUCGGAUGUUUGCCACGCCCCCGACGUUCAUCCACCCACCGAAAGACGCAUCGAAGCAGGGAACAAUUUUACCGACUGGCAGCCACGACCAAAAGAAGCAGCACGUGUUUCAGUUGCUGAAGACGUUACACAAACAGGAGGGCGGGAACAAGGAGACGGUGAACAGCUUAAGGCAGGAAUUGAACGAAUUCUUGGCGGCGUUGGACGAAGAAGAAGUUUUUUCGUGAUAGAGUUUUACAGAUCACAAAUUUCGAAAUGUGAAUCAUAUUUUAUGCGUGUUUUUCUUUUUUCAAAUGCAAUUCAGACUUUAUCUUCACUAGUGUUUCUGUUUCAUCAACACGAUUCUCUUUUCUCAAUCAUAGCAAACCAAGUUUUGGACUUCAAGUUUCACCUACAUCUAAUUUCGCGAAAAUAGCAUCGCCGAUGCCCCUUCGCAUUGGAAUGUUUACCAAAUUUACUUUCCUUUUCUUCCUGCAAUUCAAUUUCGGAUGUCGGUAUUUCUGAUGGCAAACUUGUAUAUUUAUUUUUCUGGCUUACAGUUUUAUCUUCGCAUUUGUUUCAUUUGGCGUGGGGUCGUGAUGUUACUUCUACAUCGAAUGUACACAUAGUGACUAUUGGGCUCGACGAGAUAAAGACUUUGUUUCAUGAGAUUUUUAUUUUUUCGAAAAAACUGACACGUGCAAAUCGUCGUUAGUACAAGAU